AGUAGGGGGGUGGGUAAGGGUGAGCAUAAUAGGCUUGGGCAUAAAAUGGAGAGGGUGAAUUGUUGGGUGGGUUAUUAGGCCGUGGGCCCAAAAGUCCAGGCCCAGGGUGAUUGUGAUACUGCCAAGAUGAAAAGGCUGGGGAGGGGAACCGCUGAGUCAAUCCGUUUCUGCCGUUUCCGCCAUAACACCCGCCGGUUCUGCUGCUUCUGCCUCUUCCGCCAUAAUGCCCGCCGACCUCCGCCAUGCACCCAAGCUGCCGACCUCCGCCAUAUCGACCGCCGCCUCUACCGCCCUGCUACUGUCGCGGCUGCUGCGGUCCUCCGAAACUGCCGCUGCCGGCAGGAAGUGGAUGGAGCUGCGAUUGGUCCGUCCUCCCAGCGGCCAGAAGUGUUGUGCCGGAGUCGCCGGCGGCGAGCGGCGUUCGCUGCUGGUCCAAGAGGAGCAGGGCUGACCGAGCCUCUUAAAAAGUCGGUGGAGGCUUCUGAAAUUGAAGAAAAGAAGCCCGGCUUUGGAGAUCUUCAGGGAGACUGCGGAGGAGUUGGAGGACGAGUUGAUUAUCAGUCACGGGUGCAUCAACGGUUGUGGCAUGGGGUUUUUGGCCAGGGAUUCAAAGGGAGGGAGAAAAGGUCUCACACCAUCCAAAAUAUGUCCCAUGAAGAUCUAGCUGCUGAUCAAAAGAAACUAAAGAAAGAGCUUGAUCUUUUGAGGAAGAAGAUUGGAGAGUUCAAAAAUUCUGUGGAUAUCCCCACGUUUGAAGGAAGCAAUGACCCGGAGAAGUUCUUAAAAUGGUUAGCUAAGGUUGAACACGUCUUUACACUCAAAGACAUACCCGAAGACAAGAAGGUCAAGCUAGUUGUGGCAAAGUUUCAAAAACAUGCCUCCACUUGGUGGGCUAGCGUUGCUGCAAAACGAAAUCUCCAAGGAAAAGCUAAGAACUUCAAGGCCACUAUCUUGACCUUCUUUUCAUCGGAAACAUCUUUGAAGUCAAAGACGCGUUCCACCGUUUCUAGCCACUCGAGGAACUCAUCCGGGUCGUUCUUUCCUUCAAAAGUUGGAAUGUCAACUUUGAAGUCAAAACCCUCAUUGGCUUUAGGCUUUACGGUUCCACUAGAACUAGUGUCUUCUUCACGGUCACUUCCUUGUAGCUCGUUGAGUUUCAUCUUCGUAAGCUUGGCUACCUCUUUAGCCAAGUACUCUACUUGGGCUUUCAAGGCUGCAUUGGAGGCAAUGAGCUCUUCAUGGGACAUCGUUUGGGAUUCAUUUGACAUGGUUGAAGUGGAUAGAGGGACCAAAAACACCCUUCCACUCUUUCCCCAUUUCUUCAUCCUAGUGCCCAUUAUCUUCUUCCUUAUCACCAUGUCAAACCAAUCUCAAAACCUCACCAAUGAAGAGCUUCAAACCUCCAAUGCUGCCCUAAAAGCUCAAGUUGAAUACUUAGCUAAGCAGGUAGCCCAACUCACCAAGAUGAAGUUAAGGAUGGCGGAUACCCCCGAGGAGAGUGAUGAAGAACAGGAGAUUGAAACACAUCCUACGGAAGAUUCCAACACCAACGCCGGAGGCAGCUCUCAUGAGAAAGGAACCACGGAUUUCAAGGUUGACCUUCCCACCUUUGAAGGGAAGAAUGACCCCGACGAAUUCCUAGAGUGGUUGGAGACCGUUGAGCGCGUCUUUGACUUUAAAGACAUUCCCGAAGAUAAGAAGGUCAAAAUAGUGACAUUGAAGCUACGAAAGUACGCUUCUACAUGGUGGACGAACACAUGCACUAAGAGAAGACGAGAAGGCAAGGUUCCCAUCACAUCAUGGCUCAAGAUGAGGGCUUUGAUGAAGAAGAAGUUUCUCCCCGAACAAUAUGUAAGGGAUAACUUCGCUCGCCUUCAACAACUCAGACAAGGCACCCGGACGGUGGAAGAUUACACUCGAGAGUUUGAAGAACUCUUGAUGCGGUGCGACUUACAAGAAGAUGAUUCCCAAACCCUUGUCCGCUAUUUAUUUGGGCUAAACACCCAAAUAGCUAAUGUACUGGAGCUUCAGCCAUACGACACCUUCAAAGAACUGUCCAAACUCGCCCUGCGGAUGUCUAAUAACAACCAUAACCUCACUCUUUGCUCGAUCCUCGACAAAGAUAAGUUGAUCGGCCCUAACUUCUUAGACUGGCAAAGAAACCUCGUUAUCAUUCUCCGACUCGAGAAGAAAGAAUACGUGCUCGAACGAGCCAUCCCACCUGUCCCGGCCGCCAAUGCUUCUAGAGCUAUCAAAGAUACUUAUGAGAAGCAUGUUGAUGAUGACAAUGAGGUGGCAUGUCUCAUGUUGGCUACAAUGACUUCUGACCUUCAGAAACAUCACGAGAGUAUGAAGGCGUACGAUAUGAUCCUACACCUAAGACAGCUCUACCAAGGACAAGCUAGGCAUGAGAGAUUCCAAAUCUCCAAAGCUCUCUUUAGUUGCAAGUUGUCAGUUGGAAACCCCGUUGGUCCGCAUGUUCUCAAGAUCAUUGGCUACGUCCAAACUCUUGAGAAAUUGGGUUUCGAACUAAGGACUGAACUUGCAACUGAUCUGAUUCUGCAAUCGUUGCCAGAAUUGUACAAGCAGUUUGUGGUUAAUUACGAGAUGCAUGAACUCGAUAAACCACUGCCAGAACUUUUGAAGAUGCUGCAAACUGCCGAAGAGAGCUUGAUGAAAGGAAAGGGGAAUUCCGUCCUUCUGGUUCAAGGAGAAAAAGGCAAGAAAAAGUUCAAAAAGGCAAAGAAGAAUGGGCCUAAAGGCAAGGGUAACACCAAGCCAAAGUCCAAUUCUUCCAAGCUCAAGCCUAAGUGGAGUGGCCAAAGAUUCCAUUUGUCAUCACUGUGGUGAAGUUGGCCACUGGAGGAGGAAUUGCAAGCAGUAUUUGGCAACCAAGAAAAAGGGUGAAGCUUCUGCUUCAGGGGUGAAUGGAAUAAAGGGAGGGUUUUACU